AUGCACCUCCCCAUCCUCCUUUCAGUGAUCUCCGCAAUCACAGUCCCACUAGUCUCCGCCCUUCCAUCACCAGCACAGAGUGACAGACCCUCCCAAAUCUACAAAACAACCAACAACUAUCCCCUUCCAAACCCAGGCAACCUCCCAGUCCACGACCCAAACAUACUCUACCACGACUCCAACUACUACCUCUUCAAAGGCGGAAUCCACGUCCCAAUCUACAAGUCCGCCAACAUCACAGGUCCCUGGACAGAACUCGGCACCGUCCUGGACUCAGACAGUGUAAUCCAUCAAGGCAACCGCUCCCGUCCCUGGGCCCCUACAACAAUUCACAAAAACGGCCUCUUCUACUGCUACUACACGCUCAGCGCGCAGGGCUCCCGCAACAGCUCAAUCGGCGUCGCAACAACGCCAGUAAUUGACGGCACCCCUUGGACUGACCACGGGGCAGUCAUUAAUACAGGCACAGGCCCCGGGUCGGAUGUGUAUCCGUACACGGUCACGAAUGCCAUUGAUGCGUCUGUUGUUUUUGACGAGGAUUCCGGACAGGCCUAUCUCAAUUAUGGCAGCUUCUGGCAAGGGAUCUGGCAGGUCCCGUUGGCAGAUGAGAUGGUUUCUGUUGAAGAUGCGGGUAAGCCAGACGCGGUGCAGUUGGCUUUCAUUCCGAAGGAGAAGCGUAAGCCUAUUGAAGGGGCUUGGAUGAGUUACAGGAGCGGGUUUUAUUACCUUUGGUUUAGUCAUGGGAAGUGUUGCCAUUUCCAGAAGGGGUUUCCCGCGCCUGGAAAGGAGUAUAGUAUUCGGGUUGGGAGGUCGAAGAGUGUUCGGGGGCCGUUUGUUGAUCGGAAGGGGACGUCAUUGAUUGACGGGGGUGGGACGGUGGUUUAUGGGUCGAACCAUGGGGUUGUCUAUGCUCCUGGUGGGCUUGGGGUUUUGAAUGGGAGUGAAGGGUUGGAUGUUCUCUAUUAUCAUUAUUUGAAUACCUCUGUGGGAUUCAAGAAUGGGCAAGCUCAACUCGGUUGGAACUAUUUGGAUUAUGAGGAUGGCUGGCCAGUGCCUGUUGGAGGGCAGGAUCCUACCACCACCAGUGCAGCCUCGACUCACGCGUUACCUGUCCGGAGCUAUUCGACGAUCUUUUUUGGUUAG